AGCCAGAGAGAGAGAGAGUGCCAGAGAGAGAGAGCGCACGCACGAGAGAGAGAGCGAGCGAGCGAGCAAGAGAUCGCACGAGAGAGCGCGAGAGCGCCCAAAGAGAGAGGGAGAGAGAGAGAGACACAGAGA